CAUAUAAUAAUUUACAUUGUAUUUAUCCAUUUAAUGUUGUAAAUUAAUUCAACAUAACCGCAUCUAAAAAUGUAAUUAUAAAAAUCAAUUGAUAGAAUUUAAUAAAUCAAUAUUCUUUAAUGUUUUCUUUUUGUUUCGAUUAAUUUUAUAACGGUGAUUUAUAAAGUUGUAUAUUAGUCAUAAGAAAUAUAAAAAAUUAAUAUAAUUAUUGAAAUGAAUAAUAAAAAUACAAAUUUAAUGCGCACCCCAUUAAGAAAUAGUUAUUUAGCGAAUAAACCAUUUUGUUCGCCAAUAAGAAAUAAUACGACGCCAGUUAAGAGUAAUUUGAAGAGGCUUUAUCCAGUAUCACCAUCUCCUGAUUUAAAAGUUUCAACGCCACCCCAAGAUAUUAUAAAACGUCGCAAAAUUGAAUUAGACAAAUCAGAAAAUAUUUGUGGUCUAACAUUUAAUUUACAAGAACCAAUUUCAGAACCAACUAAAAGUGAUUUAUUAGCGAUUAAAAAUCGAAUUAGAAGUAAAAAACUAGAAAUUGAGGUUUUAAAAACUAAGCUGGCUUAUCGAAAAAAGAACAAAAAAGAAGAUGUCCACGUAGAUAUUGUAAGAUGGAGAGAAGCUUGUCAACAAGCUCUUACUCAAUAUCAAAAGGAUUGCUCAGAAAAACUUGAUAAUGGAAAAACUUUAGAAAUGACUGAAAUAUUGAAAAUGCUAGGUAUUCCUGAACAUAUUGUUGAUUUUCCUAAAGAUCAUUAAUAUUUAAUUGUAUUUGAGAAAACAAUUUAAAAAAUACUUUAUAAUUAUUUUAAGUAUUAGAAGUUUAUAUAAAUUAUGAUAUAUUUUUAAAUUAUUAAAUAAAG